UUUGUUUCGCCUGGCAACCGGGCGGGAGGCGGCGGGCAGCCCCGGCCGGGCCGGCGGCGGCGGGCAGGGGGUCCCGCCAUGAGGCUGGCGGGGCUGGACCCCGCCGCCCUCCUGCCUAACCUCCGCCGCGGCCCCGGCCCUCCCGGCCUGCGGCCCCCGCGCCCGGCGGCGGCGGGCAGAGAGCCCGGGGGGCGGGCGGGAGCCAAGGCCCGGCUGCUCGCCCUGCCCGGCAUCGGCGAGGAGGCGGCGGCGGCGGCGAGGGGCGGCGAGGAGGCGGCCGGCAGCCCGCAGCGUCCGGCGAAAGGACUGUCCAGAGGUUCCAAAAAUCAGUGUCUUUCUGGAAAAAGUGGAGAGUCUCUUCCAGCAGUUUUUGAGAGAAAUGUGCAGGAAGCCAUUGACAAUUACACUUGUGAAGCCCUGUCAUCACUUUCAUCUAGUGGUCGCACAACACCCACAGAGUCGAAUAAUUCUUGGACUGGAAUAAACAGCUAUACUACUGGUUUGUCUACUGAAAGAAGUUCUGUUUACUCCUGGAGGGAUGAUGUACGUCACAGAAGCCUUUGCAGUACACUUUAUGAAUUUGAUAAAGCCAACACGCAGAGAGUGCAUCAGUUAUUUUGGGAGAUUGAUGAAAUGCUGUUUGAAGGAAAAGUGACCUCCCAAAUGCAGAGCCUGCAGGCAGAAUGUGCGGACUGGGUUGAACAAUUUCCUCAUCUAAGGGUCCUGGGAAAGCAGCUCCUAUUGCCGACGGAUGAAGGCUUUCAGCAUUUUCAGAGCAGAAGUGACACCUGUGUGGAUACUAAGUGUUUACCUGGCCUCUGUGAAUGUACUAGUAAUAUAAAAGAGCUCUGCAUUUCAGGCUCUAAACUGAUCCCAACAGCAUCUCCAGUACAUAAAUCACUAGAUCCAAGUUCCACGAGGAUUUCUGCCCCCGACUCAUCCCUGUAUUCAUUCCUGGAAGAAGAAAUCUAUGAUGUGGAUGGAAAAAUAGAAGAAUAUCUUGCCUUUGACAACAAGGAACUUGAUGAUGAGAGUUGGGAACAAAAGAAAAUGCGUCUUGCUGAGAAGAGGAGUAAGCGUGGCAUUCCCCCUGUUUCUCCCAACGCCUGUAUCAAAGAUGCUGUGGCUUCUGAAGUAUUUGAUUGUAUCUGGAGCAGUGUAAUCGGAAUAUUGGAGGAGCUGAUUAAAAAAAAUUGGGAAACAAGUAUCACAGAGGGUGACAAACAGGUGGAAAAACUGAAAGCUCUUACAACAAAACUGCCACAUUUGCCAGUUGUUCGUAUUACAGCAGAUGCUGCGAACGUUCCUCUUUCCAGAAGCUCUGAAGCACGAAGCGUAUCUUUUGUUUCCUCGCAGGCUCACCGCUUCUCCAGCAACUUCUGUAGUGAUUUGAAUGGCGUGAUGACAAUUCAAGCUAAACCGCUCCAACGGAGGCACGUUGCCACAGUGGAAAAAAUACAGAAUGGGCAAGAAGACAAACAGCAGAGCAUUGGCUGCAGUGCUCCAAAUGCAGUGCACGCUAGGUUGGGGAGAACCGCUGGUAACAGCGUUCUCUCAUCGUCUCGGGUACUGCUGGCAUCUUCUAGGAAGCUACCAAGCCAUCGUAGGUUACCUUCUCUCACUUCUGACCAACUCUCCUCAAAAGCUCCUAAUAUGUACAAUGAUGAAAUCCUUAGGGGGACUAAAUUGGGUGCCAGCUCAGAUCGUUUAUCUUCUGCUCGUGCACCUACAACCCGGAACAAGUUACCACCGAUAAACUCAGAGGCUGUUGAACAGUAUCUUUCAGUACCUCGCCUGCAACAGAGCUCUUUCUCUCAGCAUCGAGGACGAUUUGCUCACAGCAGAGUGUCAAGUGCUGUGCCUGGCAGUACAGAGCAACGGCCACUCAGAGAAAGAACUGUUAUUAUUGAGCAAUUUUCAAGACCCAACACAACUCACACAUUCAGGACAGACACACCUCAGAAGAGAUCGCUGACUCCCAUGGAUUUCGCUAACCACAGAGGGCCAGGUCAAGGAUUUCUAAUAGGCUCACAGCAUUACUACAGAUCCUUUCAGAGAAAUCCUCCGACCUUAAGGAAGAGAUUUCAGAUUGCUUCUUAACCCAGUUUAGGAAGAAGCAGAAACCCCUUGCACUGAAUGGAAGACCGAAGCGCCAGAUUUGCCAGCUAGUAACUUGGCUAAAAAAGAACGUGUGCAGUAUGCUGGUUUCUGCUGAGCCUUGCAAUCCUCAGGAUGCCUGCAUUGCCUUCUUUUCAAGUUGUCUGACCAGGGGUUAGAUUAAAAAUUAGAGCAAAAUGAAAUAAAUGGCCAAUGCGUCUGCUCUGUUUGCACAGUUAAGAUGCUGCUGCUGCACUUUCUUCUCAGGCAUUCCUCUUUUUUUCUGUCUUUCCUUAGGGAAUUGUUCUUCUACCUGUAGAAGCAAAUAAGUUAUGUUUAGGCCACGAAGUCCUGUUCCCACUUUUUCGUGUUUCCUCAGUGUUAAAGACAUUCUAGUCUAUCCGAACAUCAGUCAUAUAUAAAAUUUCUACUUUUAAACACGAGUUUGUGGUAUCUCCUCUUUAACUGCUGUUUUGAAAUUUCUCUGUUUUUCAGUCUGUCUGCUUUUUGCAGUUUCUCUCUUGUAAAUGUUGUCUGUCUCUGCUUUUUCUUCUUCUUUUAAUUCUUUUCAGAUGGAAUUCUUUCAUUGCUUCUACUUAUGCUGUUCUAAUCGUCGGUAACUAUGGGAACUGCUGGGAUGAACGUUGUUUACAGGAAGCAAUGUUUUCCCUGCCAGGCCAAAUGUGUUUAUAGAUGCUGAGCAAUUGCUGACAAGUCAGUACGACUGUUCCCAGCUCUUGAGAUUUCUUAAAACAUAUUGCCUGUUGGUGUGCAAAUUAAUCAUAAUUUGAAAUAUCCGAGCCUUCAAAGUUUUAACAUGGAAAAUAUUUCAUACCUCUUUGUGUAGACCCAAAUGGGAAGAUCCAAGAGGAGGCUGAGAUUCCGUUCUGCCCAGAGGUCACAGCCUUGGUCGGGUCCCAGGCGUUUGCCAGGGGGGAUUCCUCCUUCCACCAGAGAGCCAGCAGUUUAAGUAGAUGUGGCUGAAGAACUGUUGAAGGGGAAAGGGAGGAGGAGAAAAACUUAAUUACUUGCCCAAAUUGUGCAGUUAAGAACAGAAUCAGUUUCUUCUACUUGGGAACUAAUACCAGUUCUCCUCCCUUCUUUUUGGGAAAGCUGGAGGAUUGGUAAUCCAAGGCAAAGCAUUUGUAAUUGUAUAUUUUGUAUCUGUACUGUUAAUCAGAUUUCUGGUUUUUGUAAGUGGUCAUCAGGCACUGCAUUCUUUUGAGUAAAUGAAAGCCUUUUUAAAUUACUU